UAGUAGAGAAUGUUUCUUUAGUAUAUCUCCAUUUUUUUCCUCAGAAAAAUAUUUGCACUAUAAAUUAAAAAUCUGUAUCGCAAUCGGUUAAAUCGCGCAUAAAUUACGAUUAUACAUUUUAGCAAUGUAUAUUUUACUUCUGUUCUGAAACAAUGAUAACAACUAUGUCCGGUCAUUAAUUGUUGUAGCUACCGACAUAUCACCCUACCUAUCACAUUGCACGUGAGAUACAUCAGAGGCCAAACAGAUUCGGGUUUUUUUUUUAUGUGGACAGUAUCUGACCUAAAUUUAAAUGCCCGAUGGCAUUUCCUUAAUUGUCAUGUUUUACGCAUAUAUAUAACCAGUGGUAGACCAGUGAUAAAUUGGCGUUUAACUUUUAAACUUUUGAAGAAAGUAAAAAAAAUUUGUAUUUCGUAUUGAUAUUGUCUAGCAAAAAUGUUGUUGAUACUCUGUAUGUUGGGCGUUGUCGCGAUGCAUGAUUUGUCAGGUGCUUCUUCAAUGGAUACAACAGAACCGUCCAAUCAAAUACCAAAAAUCGUGGGUGGUAGUUCUGCCUCUGAAGGACAGUACCCUUAUCAAGCGUCCCUUCGUUUCCACAAUCGGCAUUUCUGUGGUGGUUCUGUCAUAGAUAAGCGAUGGAUCCUUACAGCUUCUCAUUGUUUGUCAAGUUUUAAUGACACGGCUAUCACUGUCGUAUUGGGCACAAACACUCUGGAUAAAGGUGGCGACGAGUAUUCUUCGAUCAAGAGAUUGGUGCAUCCGCACUACAAUUCCGCCUUUAUAUGGAACGAUAUUGGAUUAAUCAAACUGGAUAAAGACAUUGUCUUUGGAGACAAAGUGAAACCGAUUGCCCUGCCCACUAAAAGAUUCGACAAAUCCGAUUAUCCAGCGAUACUAUCCGGCUGGGGUACGACCAAUUAUCCCGGGGAAGCGCCAAAUGAAUUGCAGCACAUCCAGCUCACGGUCAUCGAUCAAAAACAAUGCUUAAACACCAGCUUUCGCAUCACCAACAACAAUAUCUGUACACUCAAUAAAAAGGGCGAGGGGGCUUGUCACGGUGACUCUGGCGGUCCUCUAGUAGCAGAUGAUGAGCAAAUCGGCGUGGUAUCCUGGGGAAUCCCUUGUGCUAGAGGACGCCCAGAUGUAUAUACACGAGUCUCUUCCUAUAUGAAUUGGAUCAAACAGCAGCUCGAGGAAGACAAUACUGUAUAAGCGAUUAUAUAUUAGUAAACGAAUUCUUUAUACAAAUUGACAAAUAAAAAAAAAGCAGAGAUAAGAAUUUUCAACUAAUUUUCGUAUAAAUUUUUCAUAUAUAGAUCGUAAGUAGAAAAUUAGCUAUCAUAAUAAAGCAAUAAUAAAGUUGAUAACAACUGUAUUUACUUAAUUAUGUUCAUAUCUAAGCGUUUACGAUCUUUUU